CCUCAGUCCCACCGCGCUCGGGAAGGUCGGGCAGGGCGGAGGAGUCACCGCCGAGUCCUGUUUGUAUCAUGUUGUCCGCCGGCGUCCGCCGCUUCGCCACCUCCGCCAUCCGCCGCAGCCACUAUGAGGAGGGACCUGGGAAGAACCUGCCUUUCUCUGUGGAGAACAAGUGGCAGCUGCUGGCACUCAUGUGUGGGUUCUUUGGAAGUGGAUUUGCUGCCCCUUUCCUCAUAGUCAGACACCAGCUCCUGAAGAAAUGAAGGGCACAGACUGUAACUGCACUAAUUGGAGUUGGAAGUCUUCUACCCAUCACCUUUCAGUGGGAAAAUGAUAGCUGCAGUACAAGCUGGAUGGGUCUAAAUAAAAUCUUAAAUCUGAAA